GUGUGUGUGUGUAUGUGUAUGCUGUGAGUCACUAGAGUAAAAGUCAGAGGAUCACUUAAAGUCAUUAGGAUUCCUCGUAUGGGAGGUGAGAACCAUGAAAUUUUGUACCGAUCCAUCCUCUAAUUCAGAGGUUCCACUUCCCACUGCAGAUACCAACAAUGUAACAAUAAGAGCCACCUCACCUAUGUAAGUCCACCCCUGACUACAACUACUACUACCACCUCUCAGGCCCGGCGCCAGGAUGAUGGGGGGGCUGUUAAAAAAUGCGAGAGGGCAAUUUUUUUUCCUAAAAUAAAAUUCACUGAUUUAACCAUGAAAUAGCGUCAGAAAGGCUAAAUAACAACAACAUAAGGCUACUGUGUCAGAAUCAAGGAAAACAUUUUUUAAUCAGAGCACUCAUAAAAAUCACUCAAAAUCAGCAGGGGGCACGUAGAAACAGCUGUUUGCAUUUCCGUCUCUCGGCUCAUCUGCCGACUCCGACUCCUCUUCAGUAUUGAAAGCUUUGUCUGACCUGUCAGGGCCAGCGUUGUCACUUGCCUCUCGACUCUUUUUUGGACCUUAUAGCCAUUUUAAAAUUCCACUCAUUGUAAAAUCAACGACUGAGGAGUCUGAAUCUGACUGCGUCAAGCUAACGUUAAUGUUACUAGUUCAUGCUAUUCGGACGUGACGUCACCCUACUUGGCUAAGCACAGGCAAAUUUUAUUUCUAAAAUAUUUAAAUGAUUAACAACCAUUUUUUUACAUCAUUGUAACAUGAGAUGUAUAUGUAAAAACUGUUGUCCAUAAUAAAAUGAAAUUAGAUGGAAUUUUUUUGGACUUAGGCCAGUUUGAGUGGAAUUGUUUGACCUUUCAGAAAGGUUCUUGCGUACCACAGUUUGAGAAUCACUGCUCUAACUGUUGAGAUAUUUCAUUCUGGACCACAGUUGGUAGAACGACCGACAGACUGACAUUGCUGUCCCUGAAGCUGCCGCCACAGCUAAACAGCUUUGAUCCAGUAUAAAUGCACUGCAGCUUUCCUCAUCCUCUGUCACUGCUGCUAUAGGCAGUCGUCUCCUCUCUGCCACCGUCAGUAUUGCAUAGCCUCGACCCUCGACAGCGAAAUAGUGCGCCAUAAAUGCCAUAGUUUUUAAUAGCAGGGUGUGUCCUCAGCAGAGUCACAGUGUGAGGUGAUGUAUUGUUUUAAUAGCUUACUCUGUCUCCUCUGCAUCUCAUGACAUGAGAUGUUUUGGCAGACUGUCACACUGUUUUCCCCACUCUCAGCUCUGUCUAUUCCCUGCAUAACUCCAAACUUUCACUCACCUCACACACACACACACUACUGUUCAGCCAGUCUGGCCGACCUCUUUUUCUGUUACCAGCUCUGACCUGUGACGUUACAUGUGCUCCAGGAACAUUAGAUCAAUAGCCAUGUAUCAUUAACCCACAUCCAGAUUGUGCUGAGCUAGAGGCAGGCAGCUGAGCAGCCUUAUGAACACACACACACACACACACACACACACACACACACACACACCAUCCUCUCAGUCUGCAGCAUCCCUCCUUCUUUCCUCUAAUGUUUGGGUCAGGUUCAUGUCCUCUACAUCUCUCACACCAUUCUCACAUUGAGAGGGAAGAGCAAGAGGUGAAAGAUGGAAAGGGAGGGAAGGAGGGAGGGAGGUAUGGAUGGAUGGAUGGAUACAGGGAGAUAAGGGGAGAGAUGGACAGAGGGGGAGAAGGGGACGGAUGGAGAGAGAAAACAAGCCUUGAAUACAAAUGAGCUGACACACAUAAUGCAUGCCCUCCCUUCCCCUCUCUCUCUCUCUCUCUCUCUCGAUCACUGUCUCACACACACAUACACUCUUACUCCCAUACACACAUGUUCUUGCGCUCUCUCCCUCUCAACAUCCUCUGCAGCUGCAUUGGACCGACCGCUGCACAGGAGGUAAUUUCAGCCACUUAAUUUAUUACUCAGCGCUGGUUGUUGGGAACAAGCUAAUUAAAAGGAGGGUGAGUGUGUGGAGUGUGCGUGCGUGUGUGUGUGUGUGUGUGUGAGUGUGUGUGUAUGUGUGGAAGAGACGGAGACACUGCUGCUGCUGCCGCUGCCGUCUCCUCAUCUGGCUGUCUGAGGAGCUGUGGACCAGGAGGGGAGAGUAGAGAGAAAGAAGAAGAAGAAGAAGAAGAGAGGAGAGACAGACAGCUGGGUGGAAGGAGAUUUUCACACCACUUAACCAUCAUCUGAUCUGACAUGGCCACCGCAUAGGAAUCUGGUGCCACGGCAACCGCCAGCUCCGCGACGAGGUAUCCGAGGAUAAGGAGACAGAGAGCUGGACAGAGGGACGUUUGAAAAAACAGAGAAAGGGAUGGCCAUGGAGGACAAGCCAGGUGUGAAGAGCAGCAGCUCCAUCGUCCCCUGCUUCCUGUUUGUGGAGCUGGUGAUCAUGGCUGGGACGGUUCUGCUGGCUUACUACUUUGAGUACACGGACACCUUCCCUGUGCACAUCCAGGGCUUCUUCUGCUACGACAAGACCUUCUCCAAGCCCUACCUGGGUCCAGACGACACCAGCAAGAUACCCCCUGUGCUCAUCUACUCGCUCGUCACAGCCAUUCCCACCCUCACGAUUCUUGUUGGAGAGUUGUGUGCCUUCUUCACCAAGGCAGAGGGAACCCAGGAGAAGACCAUCGUCACCGCAGACUGCUGCUACUUCAACCCCCUACUGAGACGCAUAAUACGCUUCCUAGGUGUCUACGCCUUUGGCCUGUUCACUACCACCAUUUUCGCUAAUGCCGGCCAGGUGGUGACAGGAAACCAGACGCCACACUUCCUGUCUGCCUGCCGACCAAACUACACAGCGUUAGGCUGCCAGUCCACCAUGCAGUACAUCACAGAGCGCCGCGCCUGCACUGGCAACCCGCUGAUUGUCAUGUCUGCACGUAAAUCCUUCCCAUCCAAGGAUGCAGCACUCAGCGUUUACUCGGCAGUGUACACAGUGAUGUACGUGACGCUGGUGUUCAAGACCAAAGGCACGCGGCUAACCAAGCCCACCAUCAGCCUCACCCUGCUCUGCUUGGCCAUGAUAGUAGGUGUGGUCAGGGUGGCUGAAUACCGCAACCACUGGGCUGACGUCCUGGCGGGAUUCUUCACCGGAGGAGCCAUCGCUGUGUUUUUGGUGACUUGUGUGAUUAACAACUUCCAGCAGAUGCAGCCCAGUCCUCCUCCACCGCGACCCUAUCGCCCUGAGUCCGUGCUGGGAAUGCCCAUGGUGACGCUGCCCUGUGUGGAGAGUCCACUCGAAAAGUUAAGUGGCCCUCAGACUCCGCGGGGAUCUCCAUUCACCGAGAUCACAUGACCAUCAGCCCUAUCGGUUCCCCGCCACCCCCGAUGUCCUCAUACCGUCUCGCUCCAUUUCCAGCGAAGUCUAGACCAGCCCGAGCAGCACUCGCCGCACUGCGCCGCCCAUCCGGCUGGGCGGUACGCGACGCUGCACCGCUCCUAUUCUACGCAGGUCUAGAUCUCCCCUAAUGCACAAAAAUACAGCACGCACACCAUCCCUUUGCUCUCUCAACCCCAGGGGAACCGAUAGGCAAAACUCUUCUCAGACUUUCUCUUUGCUGUGUUGACAGUAAAGAGGUGAACUUUCAGUGCAGUGUCAGGUCUAUCUUUCUUUUUCUUUUUUUUUUCAUUUCAGAUCUUCUAAUUAAAGACUUUUCGUUCUCUUUCUAACUUUUUUUGUAUAAACUCAGUCAUGUGAAGCUCACUGAUACGUUUCAUCUUCAGUGGUGUGCUCUGUAAGGAAAAACACAUCAAAACUGUGACCACUGAGAAUGUCCACUGCUUCCUCCACCACCACACCCCCUCCCUUCCAACUGUAUGAAUGAGUUUUCACCCGUUUGAAGGAGGCACAUACUGAAAGCUAAACGUGACAAUGAACUCCCAGGACACAGCUUUGAUGUCUGCUGUCAGGAGGUUGCAACGUUGGACCAAAGAACCCCGCUGAAGGAUAUGUGUGCUGCUGAGAUUCACUCGUAAAAAAACAUCCUUUUAGCAAGCCAUACGCGCGCGCACACAAACACACCCUCUCUCCCCCCAUUGGUCUCCUUCUUACACUCUUUCUCUCACCCUCUCUCCUUAUCUCAUCCCAUUCACGCACGCACAACCUCACAAACACAAACACACACGUACACACACAAACACACACACACUGUAGUCUGAGUAGCAGUGCCCCAGUCAGCUCUGCAUGAGGUUUACUCAGAUCAAAGGAUCCAUUUUGUAUCUCUCAGCAGAAGCAGCAGACAAAAGCAAACAGGAUGAAAAUAGAGACAUCUUCACUUGGCUAUCUUCUUCAUGUUUUUUCUCUAAGAUGCUGCAGCUUUGCCAAAACUGAUGUGAAAUACAAACACAUUUCAUAAGACAAACCCAAGCUCCAACUGCCGGUGGCGCAACAGUGAGCCAAAUAAAGUGCAUCACAUUCAGGAGCAAAUAUUUGUUUUUUUGUAUUCUUUUGAGACGAGGAGCCUUCAUACAAAACACUUUCUGUGAUGCCAACAGACUUUUUUUUUUUUUGGUUCCAUGUCACUCUGAAACAGCAUCGCUCACCCCGAAGUGGAAUUUCUUUCUCACUGAUUCUUGAAAAGAUUUGCUACAGACUGGCCGAUUUCUGUAAUUAUUAAUUUUAUCAAUCGAUUUAUUUAUUGACAUGUGUAUAUAUAUGGUGUGGUUGCCAUAAGCGCUAUAUGUGGCGUGACAGUUUUGCUGAUUUUGAUUUGCACACCCCCUCUGAUCCAUGUUUUAAUUCACCCUCCUCUUUCACUCCAAACGACAACCUCUGUUUAGUUCUCUGUGGCAUUGGUAUCAUGACUAUAACACCAUCACUGUGCUGUGAAAUGUUUCCCUCUGCUGGACGCCACACACACACACACACACACACACACACACACACACACACAAGAAUAAAGACCUGUUUUACAGAGCACAUGAAGCAUAUUCUAAAGAUACAAGCACACACAUGCACAAUCACACUUAUGUCCCCUAACCUAGUUGUCACUGUACAUCCCUUCCCCUUAAUUCACUUUGUAACACUGAAACCUGUUUGUAUGAUAUUGUACAUAGUUCUUUUUUGUAUUGAGAGUGUGAUUUUUAUGCAAGCGUCACCAACACUCACUGUAGAGAUUGGGGAAAAUGUUGUAUUUAUUAUGAUGAUAGAGAACAGUGUGUAUGAAGGUGCUGAACCACUCUGAACCAACACUGGAUCGGUUGGAAAAUGCCCAGAUGACUCACUCUUUGUAUCAAAAUACUUGCCCGCCGGCUCAAGGUAAGACUGAGAGUGUUAUUUACUCCCAGUUCAAAAAAUACUGUGCAUUCAUAAGAACUCGAAGCUCCGUUUUGAAUUGUCAUGUAAGUGUAAAUGGUGGACAGGAAUUCAAUUUUUCCCUCUUUUAUUGUCAAAUCUUCAAGCACGUUCAUGGUCUUCCAUCAGCACACAAAGCCAAAAUGUAAAGUCAACAAAGCUAACGUAAGGCAAGUUAACAAAAAGUUGUCAUGACUAAUGUGUUAGCAAACAGUUCCCUAAUUAAACAUCCAGCAGACACAGAGCAACAUUAGCAUUCAUUUUGAAUCGUGUUUCUGGCCACCUGGUGAAUGUAGGUCUAAUAUUAGCUCCUGUGUUUUGCUUUCCACCAUCUCCUGAGGGAAAAAUCUGGCUCUGUAGCUGCACUAUGUUCACAAGUUAGUUGCUAACUUUGUAUGGUUGCCAUUUGGUGCUGGGCAGGUAGAGUAAAGUGGGUGAAUCAGAGCUUUUUCCCUGAAAAGAUCUAAAUGGAAAUGAGGUUGCUGCAGCUGAACAAAAGCAGUAAAGUUGUAGGCUCUAAAACCAAAACUAUGAGCUUAAAGACAGUCAACAUUCUGCUGAGCUAAGAAGAACUACCAGUCAGGUGAUAAUUCUCUGUGGGCAACUAUCACAUUACACAUGGUCAUCUGAUCCAUUGUUAAUAUAAAAAUGAUUAGUGCAGCUUUAAGAAUUUGUAUCAAACAAAACAAAACAAAACAAAAAAAAAGUGUGGUUUGGUUGGAAAUCUAUGGUGUCCCCAAAGUCUGGAAAGAUUUUUUUAAAAUCUUGUGCACACAAGAUUU